CACUGAUUUUCAGUGUUCUUUUUUUUUUUUUUUUUUUUGAUAAUAUCUCGUUAUCAUCUUUACUUGAACCCUAUGCUUGUCGUGAAGCAAUAUCAGUUCUGGCGCCUCAUAACCAACUUCUUGUACUUCGGCAAGAUGGAUUUGGACUUCAUGUUUCAUAUGUUCUUUCUUGCUCGCUACUGCAAGCUUCUUGAAGAGAACUCAUUCAGGGGAAAGACUGCUGAUUUCUUCUACAUGCUCUUGUUUGGAGCCACUAUUUUAACAGGCAUUGUUCUUAUUGGAGGAAUGAUACCAUAUUUGUCCAAGUAUUUUGCAGAAUUCAUGUUCCUGAGCAAUUCACUGACAUUCAUGAUGGUUUAUGUGUGGAGCAAGCAAAAUCCUUACAUCCAUAUGAGCUUUCUUGGUCUUUUUACUUUUACAGCAGCUUACCUGCCAUGGGUACUUUUAGGAUUUUCGGUCCUUGUUGGUGCUAGUGCAUGGGUGGAUCUCCUGGGAAUGGUAGCUGGUCAUGCCUACUAUUUUCUUGCAGAUGUAUACCCACGAAUGACUGGUCGCCGACCCCUGAAAACUCCAUCCUUCAUUAAAGCCCUAUUUGCAGAUGAGGCUGUAGUAGUUGUCCGACCUGCAAACGCGAGAUUUGCCCCACCGCCUGCGGAGGAAGUCCAUCAAGAUUAAUCGGCUCUUAGGAAAGAUGAAUCAAUGGACAUUAACGUUUGGUGUCUACCUGGCCGUGGAAGUUUGAUUGGCUCCUAAACAUGCUGAUUUGAGGUGAGCUGUACAUGUGAUGUUGGUGUUACAGCCAUUCGGAGAUGGGGAUUUUGUAAUUUAAAUAAAUGUAGCCAAACUCAGUACUUCUGAUGAGAAUAUAGAAUGGAAAUAUAGAAUGGAAAAUUAA